UCCACAUUUCUCCACAUUUUCUUUUGGUGAAAGAGAAAAGAACCGUCAAAUUUUGGAACUUUUUGCUCAAUCUUGGAAAAAUAAACAAAGGAUUAUGUUUUUAACACGUUCAGAAUACGACAGAGGAGUGAACACUUUCUCCCCCGAAGGAAGGCUUUUCCAAGUGGAAUACGCCAUAGAAGCUAUAAAGCUUGGUUCUACGGCUAUUGGUAUUCAAACAUCAGAGGGGGUUGUUCUGGCUGUGGAGAAGAGAAUAACAUCACCAUUAAUGGAAGCUUCGAGUAUAGAGAAAAUUAUUGAAAUAGAUAGUCAUAUAGGAUGUGCUGUCAGUGGUCUCAUAGCAGAUUCCAGAACUAUGGUUGAUAAAGCAAGAGUAGAAGCACAGAACCACUGGUUUACAUACAAUGAGCCAAUGUCCGUGGAAAGUGUCACUCAGGCUGUUUCAAACUUAGCUUUAGAAUUUGGGGAUGAUAAUGCCAGAUCUGGUGCAAUGAGUCGACCAUUUGGUGUUGCAUUAUUAUUUGGCGGAUUCGAUGAAAAUGGCCCGCAAUUAUAUCACCUCGACCCAUCUGGAACAUUUAUACAAUAUGAAGCAAAGGCAAUUGGGUCAGCCUCAGAAGGAGCCCAGCAAUCUUUACAAGAAGCCUACCAUAAAUCAAUGACCUUACAAGAAGCCUGUAAGCAAGCACUAACCAUUCUCAAGCAAGUUAUGGAAGAAAAGCUUAGUGCAACAAAUGUCGAGUUGUGUACAGUCACAAGAGAAAAUAAAUUUAAGAUGUUUGAGAAGAAAGAUAUAGAGGACAUAGUUAAAGACAUCAAAUAGACUUGAAAUUAUAGAUUUGACUCAAAUAGACUUAACUGUCCAUAGUUUUUCUCAAGUACUAAACAUAAAGCCUAAGAUAUUUCAAAAUCAUCCAAGGUCUACCAUGCAACAAAUGAUGGUCACUCAAAUAAUAUUUCCGCAUUUUGUUUCAGUUGUAAAUUUUUAUCUCUAUGACCAUCUUCAAAGUUGACCAACAUCUGAUGCACACUAUCAUCUGUUAAUAUGAUUGCAUCUGAUUUAGUCUCAGUUUGACAGAUUUGCUGGACCAAUCGUAUGUGAAGAUUUGCAAUUGAAACUUAGUACCUGAGAGAUCAUUGUUCGACGUCAUGAGUAGUGUCUACUGCAUGGUUUAAUAAUAAUUAAACGAUUAUCAAUCAAAAACUCUGAAGUAUUGCCACAUUUGACCUGACUAGUUGAUUUAGCGCCGCAGGCUGGUUGUUGAAGACUCGAUUGUUCAAAAAUCUAAUUCUGCAAGUUAGAAACUUUCUAGGAGAUCGUUUUCAA